CAUGGCCGCGCCCAUGGCGGCGCGGGGUUCCGUGGCUGCGGCGCUGCUGCUGCUGGGCCUGGCGCUGUGCGCGGCGGCGGGCAAGGCUGGCGGGGCCUGCGGCUGCAGUGCGGACCGGGCGGCGACGGCGACGGCGGCAGCGUGGCGCUACUCCUCGGAGGCCAACGCGCAGCGCCCUGGGCGCGGCCAGAUGGUCCCUAUUCCAGCUGGAGUGUUCGUGAUGGGGACUGAUGAACCUGAGAUACGGCAGGAUGGGGAGUGGCCUGCUAGAAGAGUUCACAUUAACCUGUUCUACAUGGAUCAGUAUGAAGUCAGCAAUGCAGAGUUUGAGAAAUUUGUGAAUUCUACGGGCUAUGUUACAGAGGCAGAGAAAUUUGGAGAUUCCUUUGUGUUUGAGGGCAUGCUGAGUGAACAAGUGAAAGCUGAAAUCCAACAAGCAGUUGCAGCUGCUCCCUGGUGGAUGCCUGUUAAAGGAGCUAAUUGGAGGCACCCAGAAGGUCCUGAUUCUAAUAUCUCGAACAGAAUGGAUCACCCUGUUCUUCACGUCUCCUGGAAUGAUGCUGUGGCCUACUGCAUGUGGGCAGGAAAACGAUUACCCACUGAGGCCGAAUGGGAGUAUAGCUGCCGAGGGGGGCUUGAAAAUAGACUUUUCCCGUGGGGCAACAAGCUUCAGCCGAAAGGUCAGCAUUACGCCAAUAUCUGGCAGGGAGAAUUCCCAACAAAUAAUACUGGAGAGGAUGGAUACAAAGGAACUGCACCUGUUACUGCAUUUCCUCCAAACCACUAUGGCUUGUAUAACAUAGUGGGGAAUGCCUGGGAAUGGACAUCUGACUGGUGGGCUGUUCAUCAUUCCCCACAGGAAACCCACAACCCGAAGGGACCCUCUUCGGGAACUGACAGAGUGAAGAAAGGUGGAUCCUAUAUGUGCCAUAAGUCCUAUUGCUACAGGUAUCGCUGCGCAGCCCGCAGCCAGAACACUCCAGACAGCUCAGCUUCAAACCUGGGAUUUCGUUGUGCAGCAGAUACCCUGCCAGAUGACUUGCAGUGACCGAAUUUGGAACCAUCCAGCUCUCUGUGGCUACAAAAUGUCCCUCCACCAAGAGGACUUUGGUGCAGUUCCAGUCUGCUGAGAAGGCUCUUUGGUAAUCGGUGACCACCAAGACUGGAGAAGAAAUCGGGGUGUGAGAAGAGAAAAUUAUUGGAAGAACCACUUUCCAGAAUGAGUCAAAGCCAGUGGGGGACAGUCAUUCCAUUUAUCUUUGGAGAAGUUGGGGUUGCAUUUACCUCCUAAAUCGUGUUAAUUAAAAUAGGGAGCAAAUGCUCUUGAUUGAAGUGGGACUGUUGCAGACUUACACCAGCAUAAAACGGAACAGAACUUUGCUCAGUGCUUUUUACAAAGGCUAAUUUUGUUUCAGAUACUAUUUUAAAUGCUUUCUAUAGAGAAGAUCUUUACUGAAUAAAUUGGUUGGUGGACUUUCUUAAA